UACAAGCGAUGUACUUUAGUUAGAGGUUAUCUUUUACUAAUAAAUAUUAUUUUUUGCUAGGGAUUUUUUGUUGUUGCUUCUACGAAUUAUGAUACAUAGUUUAUUUAUGUAAUAGUCAGUAAGGCACUGAGUAUCCGUGUCGGUGGACAUAUUUAUAUUCAAUUAAAAUUAAAAGCCAGUCUACAACACGAUGUGGGGAAGAAUUUUGGCCUCUGAAGUCUGAAGAAAUAGGAAGACUGAACAAUUAAUUAUUAAUUAAAUUGUAUUAGAAACAGACUGAAAUAUGCGUGUCGAGUGUUUAUUAGUGUGCGUUGUAAUUUAUUUAGGCAGUGUUUGUGGCGUUUACAUCUCCAAUCUGAACGAGGCGUGUUUCCGUUGCCUGUGCCACGUGGUCGGCUGCGACAUGUCCCACGGCUGCAGCGGCGGCUACUGCGGCCCCUUCUACAUCUCCAGGGUCUAUUGGGUUGACGCCGGGAAGCCGACAUUGCCUGAUGAUGACUCCAACAGGACCGAAGCAUUUGAAGAUUGCGCAAGAGAUUACUACUGUUCGUUAAGAAUCGUUGAAAGCUACAUGGCUAGGUUUGGAAAGGACUGCAACAACGACGGUGUGACGAACUGCUACGAUUACAUGAUGAUCAACUACCACGGUGGCAGCGCGUGCACCAUGCCACUUCACCUCACUAAGGGAGGGUCACGGUGGCUCGAGAGAUUCCGCCAGUGCAAGUUCUAUUUAAAUUUGAAAAAGGAAUAUUUAUUAUUACUUAUUUUUCAUUGCGACCAGCCAGCUCUGGCAGUAGUUAGAUAUCUGUUCUAUAUUUAAAUGACGAUUCUUGGUAAAAUAUUCUUGUUUAGAUAGAUAAUGUUGUAUUAAUUAACGUGCCUAUGUAUCUGUAUGUCUGUCCAUGGCAUCGUAACAGACAAACAGAAAAGAUAAUUUAAUUGUUAUGUCUAUGUCAGCUCUUUUCUAGGGAUGAGAUGAUGACAACAGCUUCGGAAUCGGGGGUUAAAUUUUUAAUUUAGUUUUUAUUAAAUUAAUAACGCGCAACCCAGUAUCCAUGUUACAAUUAUUUUAAAAUCUUUUGGCGCAGGCGUCACGGCGGUAAUAUCCAACGGAGGAUUAAACCAUUUAUAAUAAUAAAACUAGAUAUUGUACAUCAAUUAAAAUAGAGCAAUGUAGAAAUAGAAAUAUGUAAAUUAUAAUGUAUUUAUACAUGUAUAACUCAAAGACUUCGAUAAAUAUAUUGAAAAAAAAAUCAAGUUUUCAUUCAAAUAUUUAAUCUAUUGAUAAACAUGAUUUAAACAAUGCUUAACUAAAAUUUUAUAAGUCGAAUACUAUCUACACAUUAAAAUUAAAUUUAUCCUAAGUAGAAAAAUAUCUCGAUAAAUUCUAUAUGUUAUUUUUUUAAUAUAUAACAGUCAUAAUGGCACUUAAAAUAAACUUCACGUUACACAAAAGCUAACAAGACACUCACAGAUAUAACUUAUAUAGACAAUAGAUUACAAACAAGCAGAAAAUGAUGAGG